CGCCGACCCGCACUCCCUUUAGCUACGCCAGAAUCCGAUUUCCAAGCUCAAGCUCAAGCGUCAGCUCUCUUCUUCUCUUCAUUCCAACCAUGGACCGUGACUCCCUAGUGUUCCUCGCCAAGCUGGCCGAGCAGGCCGAGCGAUACGAUGAGAUGGUCGACCACAUGAAGGCCGUCGCCAACAACCACAACGUGGAGCUCACGGUGGAGGAGCGCAACCUUCUUUCGGUCGCCUACAAGAACGUGAUUGGCUCGCGUCGCGCCUCGUGGCGUGUGAUCUCGUCCAUCGAGAACAAGGGCGACUCGGAGCGCAGCGAGCACAUCAAGGCCUACCGUCAGAAGAUCGAGGGCGAACUCGUGGACAUUUGUAACGACAUCCUGACGAUCAUCGAGAACAACUUGAUCCCCAACUCGUCCAGCGAGGAGGGCAAAGUGUUCUACUACAAGAUGAAGGGCGACUACCACCGCUACCUGGCCGAGUUCCAGGUGGACGAUGAGCGCAAGGAGUCGUCGGACAAGGCUCUGGAGAGCUACAAGCAGGCCUCGACCAUCGCCAUGGCGGAGCUGCCACCCACACACCCCAUUCGUCUGGGUCUGGCCCUCAACUUCUCUGUCUUCUACUACGAGAUCCUGAACUCGCCUGACCGCGCCUGCAACCUGGCCAAGCAGGCCUUUGACGACGCUAUCGCGGAGCUGGACACCCUUUCGGAGGAGAGCUACAAGGACAGCACGCUGAUCAUGCAGCUGCUGCGUGACAACCUGACCCUCUGGACGUCUGACCAGGAGCCUGACAAUGCUGACGCCAACCAGGGCGACAUGAACGUCCAGGACGUGGAGUAAGUUCUCCCGUCUUAGGCGAGCUAGCAAAGCUGGUGUCUGUGUGGUGAAGGGGAAGGUCGAAGGAGAUGCAGACGUGGCGGAGGAUGCAGGGGAAUGAGAGGCCGCAGCUCUUAUGUUGGCCUCCUCCUCUCGCGCCUCGACCAACGCCACGCAUGCCAGCCGUUCCACCUUGCCGCGGACUCAGCCGUCCAGUACUUAAUAUUGGUAGAUAGAACUCACGAAAAAUCGCAUCGAACUGUCUUCCCUGUUCCUUAA